AUGGGCGAUUUCAACACCGAGGCCUUCACCUUGUUGGGGGUGGCUAUUUUCGUCAUCGGCCUACGAACAGUUGCAAGGUGGAUUAUGGUCGGCCCCAGAGGCUUCCAGGCUGAUGACUAUCUGAUGUUGGUGGCAUGUGUCGUGUACGGAUUAGAAACGGGCGCAGCAUACAUGGUCGGCGCGUGGUUUAUGGGACUUGCCAACAAUGCAAUGACGGAUGAGCAGAGAAUAAAUUUGUCACCUCAUUCAGAAGAAUACCGUCUGCGUGUGGGUGGCUCCAAGAUCCAAGUGGCUGGAUGGUCAUUAUACACUCUUUUGCUAUGGGUGUUGAAAACAUGCAUGGCUAUUUUCUACUCUCGAUUGACCGCGGGCUUAGUGAAUAUGCGUGUCCGAAUCCAUGUCGCCUACGUUUUAAUCGCCGUAACUUAUAUUGCGACGAUAUGUUCAAUUCUGUUGGGGUGUCAUCCCUUCGAAAAGAAUUGGCAGAUUAAUCCCAAUCCUGGGAAUUACUGUCAGCCCGCUGUGUCCAAGAUUGACAUCUAUGUGACUGUCGUUCUCAACGUCGCGACCGAUCUCUAUCUCAUCAGCAUCCCAGCACCGAUGCUUGUUAGAGCCCGACUCAAAUGGCGGGAGAAGCUCGAACUCCUAAUUCUGUUUAGUGGCGGACUGUUCGUUAUGAUGGCUGGCAUUCUCCGCUGCGUUCUCAUCUUAACGGCCGGUGCGAAUGGGGCACAACAAGCGGGUAGCUGGGCCUGCCGCGAGACUUUUGUCGCCGUCGUCAUUGGCAACAUUCCCAUGAUCUACCCACUAGUCCGUCGCGUCACACGACGUGCUGGCCUAUACAUUUCCACAAAAAGCAGCACCGAAAACUACGCGGGGUAUCAAUUAUCAGAGGGUGAUACCGGUGGCGGUGGGGAUUCCAGACGAAAGAAGUUCCGUCAUCCACUAUCGAUCCCCGGUGACACUCAAUGGAACACGAUCAGCGACGAGCAAAUGAUCUUGCCGACCUCGCGACAACAACCGGCUACCUGCACAGCUGGUGAUGCUGACUGGGACACCCACAGCCAGGGUAGUCAAGGUGUAAUAAAAGUUAUCCAUGAAACAAUUAUUCACAGCGCCGAGAAGUCCCCUCGGCCAUGA